AUGGCCAUGUCCGCGUCCGAAGCGGCAGCUGGACUGGCAAGCAGUGAUGAGGAUUCUCUGCCCAUUGGCAGCCAAUUGAAUGCACAACGCGACUAUAGCGAUGCUCGACUGGAGCGUGUGGCUGCCUAUACCACGACCACAAUGCGCCUCAAACCGGACAAGUGGGCCAGAAUGAUGGCCAGCGAUGAGUUCCGGAACGUUGUUUUAGACUGGCUGCAUGGGCGCACACGGGUUUUGGUCAUGACGCUGAGUCCCGGCGCUGAACUAGUGCCCCGCAGCUGUGUGAGCGACUUGUAUCGCAACUACACUACACUACAAAGCACUAUAAAGCAACAGCAGCAACAGCCGGCCAGCAAUGAUGCAACUGUCACGGCUGCUGUUGCGGUAGCAGCGGCAACAACUGCAGGCGCCUUGCUGGUGGUACCAAUGCCGCCGGCCUCGUCCAGCUUUAGCACUUUGGACGGUGUGCCGCGUGGCAAGUGCGCCUAUUUUAUACGCCAGAAUGUGGGCGUGCCUCUGACAGCUGCCAAUUUCCAGAGCUGUGUACUCUAUGGUGACUUUCCGGUACAUAGCAAAAUUGAGACAAUGUCGCUGCUGGUGGACGAGGUGCUGCAGCCGCUGCUGGAGCAGGGUGAGCGCAAGUGGCCGCUGUCAGUGCGCAAGGAUCUGCAGGCGCGCAUCAAAGACGUACGCAACACGCUAACCGAGAUUAAGGGCAAAACCAACAAUCGCACAAUUUUAUCGUUAUUAGUUUCGCCAACAGUUGUGCAGGAAGUCUACGCACACGUGCAGCAGGGCAAUUUAGCCGUCGCUUUGGAGCCGAAAUUCCGCAAUUUGCUGGAAGAGAUGUUCAUUAAUUGGACCACACAAAUGCAUGACAUAGUAAUGGAGCGCUCCGAAUCAAGCAGUCAGCUGGCCACAGGCCAAGCCGCAAGUGCGCCUGGCAAGCAUCUUAAUUUGGUGUCGCUGCCCGCACAAGAGAUUGCCUUCUGGACAAAUCGCAAGCUCAAUCUGCAAAAUAUUUACGACCAACUGCGCGAGCCAAUGCACAAGCAACUGGCGCACAUACUGGAGCGCAUUGAGUCUGUCUACUAUGAGCCGUAUGCCAAGGCAUUUCGCCAGCUACUCGCCGCCUGGCUGGAGGCGCAGGAUGUUUCGCUUUGGCUGCAGCCAUUGCUGCGUCAAACUGCCGCCUUCAACUCGGUGCAGUUUAGCAAUGCACAAGAGUUGAUAGCGCCACUAGUGCACGUUCUGCAUCUUAUCUGGAGCAAUGCGCGCUACUAUCGCAGCACACAGCGUAUGAGCGUGUUGUUGCAAUGUAUCUGCAACAUGCUGGUGCACUGCGCCGCCGAGGAUUUGGAAUUCCCCAUGCUAUUUCAAGGCGAUGCCGAUGAAGGCUUGCAGCGCAUCAAAAAAACUGCCGAAGUGCUGGAGUUUUUCAGACAGCGUAUGUUGCAUUAUAAAGAACGUUAUGGCAGCAGUCGAGUGCUGCUGCCAGCUUUGCCAGCAACUGAGGCAGCAGCAGCAGCAGCCGUAGUAGCAACUACCAGCAGCAGCAGCAGCAACACACCCGAUGAACAGUCGCAGCUAUGGCGCUUCUCAAGCGAGCAAGUGUUUGGGCCCACACUGGAUGGCUUCCUGGCUCAACUAACGGAACUGCGCGUGCUGUUUGAAGCUGCGGUUCAAUUUCAACAGCUCGAGAAGCUGGAAAUUGGCGGUCUGCGUGGCAAGCUACUAACAGAGCGUAUUAAAGCGAUUUUUGCUGAAUUCAAGCUGCUCUUUGAGCAAUGGACCAAUGUGGACAUUGAUCUGACGGCGCCAGCGGCUCACAAAUGGAAAUGUUUCAAGCGUGAGCAAGUCAUCUUCUUUGGACGCAUGCAGCUGCUGGAACAGAAAUUGGCUACCGUGUUGCUGCAGGCCUUUGAACAGUGCCACAGUUGGAUGCAAUUGCUCAAGCUGACGCACAUGUUUGGUUGUCUGCUGCAGCGCAAUACGGUGCUUUGCGAAUUGGUGCGACUGUUGCCACAUCUACUGCAAAUAUACGACGAUGAGUUGCAGCAGCUGGAACGCAGUGUGGCAGAUGUGCUGGUAAUCUAUCAAUUCGAAGGUGUUACUGCGGUGCCGUUGCCUGACAACUUUCCACCCGUUGCCGGCGCCAUGAUGUGGCUGGAUCAACAUUUGCGGCGCUGCGAUGACUUUUCAGCAAAGGAACUUACUGAACUUAUACAGCGCAUGUUAGCGCAACGACCGGAGCACAUAACGCUGCCAGUGGAGUGGAAAACAUUAUCCACGCGUCGCAAUCUAUUAACCACCAAGCUAUGCAAUUUGCAAAUGAAAAUCUGGAACAAUUGGCAGCAAUGCAUUGGCAAGCAAAUAGCGCAGGGCUUAGCCGAGCCAGUGUUCACACAGGAUGCAGCUGGUGCAGUAUUGAAUCUGAACUUUGCUCAGGCAUUGUUUAUGCCACUACGAGAGGCCAACUAUUUGCUGGCGCUGCAGAGCUCGGGCAGUCUGUCGGAGAAGCUGUUCCAAGUGCCUGCCGAGCUGCUGGAGCUGUAUGCACAGCGAGAUGCGUAUUGGCAGCGACGCAUAAGGCUAAUUAAAAUUGGCGAGUACUACAAUGGCAUACGCAGCAGUCAAAGCGCAGCUGCUGAGCUGCAGUUAAUUGGCGAUGAACUGACCACAGUGGAUGCUGCUGUUGCCUUGGCUUGUGAGCAGCUUACCUGGAUCAGCUAUGAUGAGCCGCUCGUCGAUCAAAUAUUCGAUAAGUCGCGCGGCUUGUUUGCACGACUGCAACAGGCGCAGGAUAAUCUGAACGCAAUUUUGACCAGCAUGCGACGCUGGAGCUUGGAGCCGCUGCAUCAGCGCAGUCUCUAUGGCCGUAAUCUGCUGGACUUGCGUCAUCAGCAGGAACGCGUGCGGCUGCGAUUGCUGCAAUGCGAUGAAACUAAAAUGCUGCUAAAUCGGCUGCUGAUUGCAAAUUUCUGUUUGUUCUUCAACUAUGAAACGCAGCAGUUUCAAUUGUAUUCGCGUGACCUCAGCGUGCAAGAGUUUGUGCGCGAGUUUCCAGAGGAGCAGCGUCGACAGUAUGGCAAAUACUUGGCCAAUGUUGAUGCGCUGAUUUGUCGUGAAGUGCGCCAGGCCAUGCGGAUCAGUUUAGAGUAUUUGCACAAGGAAAUGACAGGAGUAACAACAGCAGCAGCACCAGCAGCAGCAGCUCCAACUUCAAGCACGGCCUUGCCAAACAUGGCAAGGUUAGUGCUACAACAAAUCACAAUGCCGCAAGCGACAGCAACAAUAAUGCCAACGCCAACAACAGCAGCAACAACAGCAACAGCAGCAACACAAGUUACAGAGACACCCACAACGGGGCAACACGAUGCACCGCUUUUCGAAGUAAAAUUGGAGCUGACGGAAACGGAAAUACGUUUUUCGCCUGCAUUUGAUGCAAGUGUGGAAAAUAAUUUUCAACAAAUUGUCGAGCAGCUGUUGCUGGAUAUAAAACAGACAUGCGACUGCAUGCCAAGAAUUGUGUCUGACAAUACGCUGUCUGAGGACGAUGAGGAGGAGGAGCAGCCAGAGCAUAGCACGCACAGCUUGCUGGCAGUGGCAAGGACAUGCGCCAGCUCCACUCAUGCCGCAGUCGAUGAUUUGGAUAUGCUAUGCGCGGCAAUACGCGCUGCUCUGGCGCAGACUAUAGAGUCUGCAUUGAAUUAUGCUGCCAAAUUCCACGCCUAUGCGUUCCUUUGGUCACAGCAAUGUGGCGCCGUUCUGGCCGCCUGCAUGCAAACAGCGCGUGAACAGGCGGCAACCAACAGCAGUGGUGCGGGCUAUGCCAUCAUGGAGACGUUCAAGAAGGAGAUCGAACGCUAUAAUGAGCUACACGAUGCCAUUGAUCAGUGCGAGAGUCGUCGUUGCAUUAAUGGCUGGCUUGCCUUAGAUCUGAAGCCACUCAAGCAUGGACUGCUGAAUCUAACAUGCAAGUGGUCGCAUUUGCACAAGCGCUGGCUGCUGCGCUAUGUGCAGUGCACAUUGCAGGACCUGAAUGCGUUUAUAGCGCUGGGCCAGCAAACGCUGCAGCUGCAUAUUGCACGGCAGGACUUCAAAGCGCUGCUACGCGUGCUCUCCAUUAUGGCGGACAUCAGGCAACGCGAACCGUAUGCCGAUAAUGUUUUCAAGCCGCUCAAAGAGAUAAUGCUGCUGCUGAAGACCUACAAUGUGGAGUUUGAGGCGCAGCUGCUGCGCAGCAUUGAGCAGCUGCCGAUGCAGUGGCAGCAACUGAAACAACAGGCGCUGGCCAAGCACGAGGCGCUCGAGGAUACGCGUGGCUUUCAGCAGCGGCGCGUUGCAGCACUCAUUGGCCUGCAUACGUGCCACAUGCGGCAUUAUGCCAAACAGUUCCAAUGCAUGCCGUUUUUUCGUGUGCCUUGUCCGUCCGUCUAUGAGAGCUGUGAUGAGGUCUAUGUGCAGCUGCAUCGCUUUGGCUGCCAGCAACGUUGCUAUACGCACUGGGCGCAGCUACUGGACAUUGGGCAGCCCGAUACGGCCACACUGGAGCACUGCCGUACACAGCUACGGCGUGUCAAGCAAUUGUGGGACUUUGUGCGCGUCAUUGAAUCCUGCAUUGUUGACUGGCAUGCAACGCCCUGGCUGCAUAUUGAUACCGAUGAUGUGGAGCACGAAUGCAAGAAAUUCACACGCGACCUGCGCACCCUAGACAAGUGCAUCAGAGACUGGGCACCCUAUGUGCAUAUUGUGGGUGUGCUGCGUGAGCUCGUUGCCUCGCUGCGAGCCAUCACCGAGCUACAAAAUCCAGCAAUUACCGACAGACACUGGCUCGAGCUGAUGCAACUAACCAAGCUGACGUACAAAACCAAUGCGUCGACAACACUGGUGCAGCUAUUGAGGCUGCAGCUGCAGCAGCAUGAGGAGGACAUCAAGAACACUGUGGAUCGCGCCAUCAAAGAGAUGACCGUAACCAAGGUGCUGGACGAUAUUAAUGCAACGUGGGCGCAUUUGGAAUUUGAAUUGGAACCGCAUCAAAGGCGACCGCAGCUGCUGUUGCUGAAGGUAUCGGAGGAGCUGAUUGAAACGCUGGACGACAAUCAAAUGCAAUUACAAAAUAUAUCCACAUCCAAGCAUAUUGAAUAUUUGCUGGACAAGCUCAGUCAUUGGCAGCGUGUGCUCAGCGGCAUUGAUAACCUCAUAGUUAAUUGGUUCGAGGUGCAGCGCAAAUGGAUCUACUUGGAGUGCAUUUUUAUAGGCUCCAGCGAUAUACGUUCGCAGCUGCCAGCGGAUGCGGAACGCUUUGAACGCAUCGAUGUGGACUUUACGCAGCUGCUGGCGAAAAUUACGCAAAUACGUGUGGUUAUUGAGGUGGUGCUGCGGCAUGAGGAUGUGCUGGCCACGUUGCUGGAGUUGCAGCAACGUUUGGCUGUUUGUGAGAAGGCGCUGAAUGAUUAUUUGGAAACGAAGCGUUUAGCCUUUCCACGUUUCUAUUUCAUUUCCUCCGCUGAUUUGCUGGACAUUCUCUCCAAUGGCAACAAUCCGCAGGUUAUCAAUCGUCAUCUCAUCAAACUAUUUGAUUCUAUUUUGCGUCUGCAAUACGAAACAAACACCACGCACGCCUUGGGCAUGCACUCGAAGGAGAACGAUGAGUAUGUGGCCUUUGCCUCCAGCCUGGAGCAGUAUCCCUACAUUGACUGCAGCGGUCGCGUCGAGCUCUGGCUGCGCGCCAUUAUUCAGCAAAUGCGCAGCACUCUUCAUGAGCUUUUCCGUCGUGCUUUGUGCGCCUUUGCGGAUAAAUCACGCGACUUGUGGCUUUAUGAUUGGCCUGCUCAGGUGGCGCUUUGCUGCAGCCAAAUCAGCUGGACGGCGGAUGUGAAUCGCUCCUUUGCGCACAUGGAGGAGGGUUAUGAGGGUGCCAUGAAGGAACUGCACAAGCGUCAAAUAGCUCAACUCAAUGCUUUGAUCAAUCUGCUGCUGGGCGAGCUUUCGCCUGGCGAUCGACAAAAGAUCAUGACCAUCUGCACCAUUGAUGUGCAUUCUCGUGAUGUCAUUGGCAAGAUUAUUACCACCAAAAUGGACAACUCGUUGGCAUUUCAGUGGCAGAGUCAGCUGCGCCAUCGUUGGGAUGAUGAUCAAAGUGGCAGCUCCAGCGGUGGCGCCACCAUUAGCGCUGGCAGCGGCGAAGAGGAUUGCUUUGCCAAUAUAUGCGAUGCCGAGUUCCGUUAUGCCUACGAGUAUUUGGGCAAUACUUCCAGAUUAGUCAUCACACCUUUAACCGAUCGCUGCUACAUUACCUUGACUCAGUCACUGCAUCUGGUAAUGGGUGGCGCGCCAGCUGGACCUGCGGGCACUGGUAAAACGGAGACGACAAAGGAUCUGGGACGAGCGCUGGGCGUAAUGGUUUAUGUCUUCAACUGUUCGGAGCAAAUGGACUACAAAUCUUGCGGCAACAUUUACAAAGGCCUGGCCCAGACCGGCGCAUGGGGCUGCUUUGAUGAGUUCAAUCGCAUCUGCGUGGAGGUCCUGUCCGUGGUGGCCGUGCAAGUGAAGACCAUACAGGAGGCGAUAAAGAUGCAUAAAACCCAAUUUAUCUUUAUGGGCGAGCGCAUCGCGCUGGAGCCGUCGGUUGGCAUUUUUAUCACCAUGAAUCCAGGCUAUGCUGGCCGCACGGAGCUGCCGGAAAACCUGAAAACAUUGUUUCGCCCGUGCGCCAUGAUUGUGCCGGACUUUGCUUUGAUUUGUGAGAUUAUGUUAAUGGCCGAAGGCUUUCUCGACGCUCGCCUGCUGGCACGCAAAUUUAUCACGUUGUAUACGCUGUGCAAGGAGCUGCUAUCCAAGCAGGAUCACUACGACUGGGGACUGCGCGCCAUCAAGUCGGUGCUGGUGGUGGCGGGCACGCUGAAGCGCGACGACCACAGCCGACCCGAGGAUCAGGUGUUAAUGCGUGCGCUGCGUGACUUCAACAUACCCAAGAUUGUAACCGAGGAUGUUUCGAUAUUUAUGGGCCUGAUUGGCGACCUCUUUCCCGCCCUCGAUGUGCCACGCAAACGUGUGUUUGAGUUUGAGAAAACCAUACGACGUGCGGUGAAUGAAAUUAAGCUGCAGCCAGAGGAGGGUUUCCUGAUGAAGGUGGUGCAGCUGCAGGAGCUGCUCGAUGUGCGUCACUCGGUGUUUAUCGUGGGCGAUGCGGGCACGGGUAAAACCAAAAUCUGGCAAACACUGCGUGAAACUUAUCGCAUGCAAAAGCUCAAGCCGGUGUGCCAUGUGCUCAAUCCCAAGGCGCUGUCCAAUGAUGAGCUCUUCGGCAUUGUGAAUCCCACAACACGUGAGUGGAAGGACGGACUAUUCUCAUCCAUAAUGCGUGAGCAGGCGAAUAUGCCGCCUGGCAAUCACAAGUGGAUUGUCUUGGAUGGCGACAUAGAUCCCAUGUGGAUUGAAAGCUUAAACACACUUAUGGAUGACAACAAGAUAUUGACGCUGGCCAGCAAUGAGCGCAUACCGCUGAAGCGUGAGAUGCGCUUGCUGUUCGAGGUGGGACAUCUGAAGGCGGCUACACCUGCAACUGUCUCCAGAGCGGGCAUAUUGUAUAUAAAUCCACAGGAUCUAGGCUGGUCGCCCUACGUUUCCUCCUGGCUGGAGACACGCGUCAAUAUGAUUGAGCGUGGCGCACUCACCACGUUCUUUGAGAAAUACUUUCCCGCUCUUAUGCAGCGUCAGCGCGACUUUCGACGCAUUACACCCAUCACAGACAUGGCCAUGAUACAGAUGAGCUGCCAUCUGCUCGAGUGCAUGCUGGAUACGGAUCAGCAGCAGUCUGCCAGCGGCGGCGGCGGCGGCAGCGCACGUGGCGCCGGCACGCAGCUGGGCCUAAGCUCACAUAGUCUGCAUCAUAGCGAGCAUAUGCAUGAGACUACGGAGCUGGCGCUGGAGACAAUAUUUGUGUAUGUUAGCAUGUGGAGCUUUGGCUCGGCUUUGCUGCAGGAUGUGCUCAUUGACUGGCGCCGUGAGUUUCACAAGUGGUGGACGGGCGAGUUUAAGGACAUUAAGCUGCCCAGUCAGGGCACCAUUUUCGAUUAUCAAUUGAAUUUGCAAACGUUGAAAUUUCAACGCUGGUGCGAGCUGCCCGCAGCAACGGAGCAGCAGCUGGACUUUCAAAUUGACUCGGAGCUGCCGCUGCAGAACGUGCUUAUUUCAACUGCAGAGACCGCACGCUUGGCCUACUUCCUCAAGCUACUCAUCGACCGCAAUCUCGCCUGCCUGCUGGUGGGCAGCUCGGGCUGUGGCAAGGGCGCCAUCUUCCGAGAGCUCUUCAGUAAAUAUGCCAGCGCACAGGAGCUGCUUGAAAUCGCCGUGACAGCUGUCAACGGCAGCCAGCAGCCAACAACGAGCGCAGCAGCAGCAGCUGCUUCUGUAACUGCAACAGCAAUUGGAGCUGCUGAGACGUCGACGAGCAAUGUUGACAACGUGCGACGCAAGUCUUCCUCGCUAACGCCGCUGCUGACCACUGUGCAGGCAACACACUUUAAUUUCUAUACUACAUCGGAGAUAUUCCAAAAGAUGCUCGAUCGACCGCUGGAAAAGAAAUCGGGACGUGUGUAUGCGCCCAGUGGACCCAAGCGACGUCUCAUAUACUUUGUCAAUGAUCUCAAUAUGCCUGAAGUGGAUGCCUAUGGCACAGUCCAGCCGCACACAAUUAUGCGCCAAUUCAUGGACUACAGACAGUGGUACGAUCGGCAACGACUGCAAUUGAAGGACAUACGGCUGUGUCAAUUUGCCGCCUGCAUGAAUCCCACAGCGGGCUCAUUCACCAUCGAUCCGCGUCUACAGCGACACUUUUGUGUGUUCUCCGUGGCCUCACCCAAUGAGGAGACGCUGCACUUUAUCUACAGCAGCAUUUUGAACAGUCAUCUGGAGCAGGCCGCACUUGGUUUCAGCAAAGAAAUACGCACGAUUGGCAACAUGUUGGUGCAAGUGGGAAUUGCACUGCAUCGACGUGUCGAAUACGCAUUCCUGCCUACAGCUAUUAAAUUCCACUAUAUAUUCAAUCUGCGCGAUCUGACGAACAUAUAUCAGGGUGUGCUGAACAGCGUGGGUGCGCCAGUGUCGGCGGGUGGUGCAGCAAGUGGCUACAGCGGCACUGUGUGCAGCAAACCCGCUGAGCUAAUGCGCUUGUAUGUGCAUGAGGCGUCGCGUGUGUAUCAUGAUCGCUUGGUGGAUCAGUAUGAUAUCAAAUCGUUCAAGUCUUCGAUUAGAGAUAUAUUCAAAAAGGAUUUCGAGGACUUUGAUGAGGAUUUUGUGUUUGCCGAGCCCUUGAUUUACUGUCACUUUGCGCAAUCGCUGGCGGAUCAAAAGUAUAUGCCUAUCAAAAGUUGGGAUGCGCUUUAUCAGCUGCUCAUGGAGGCGCAGUGCAGCUACAACGAUGUGGUGGGCUAUAUGAAUCUGGUGCUGUUCGAGGAUGCCAUGAUGCACACAUGUCGCAUUAAUCGCAUACUGGAGAGUCCACGCGGCAAUGCGCUGCUCAUAGGCGUUGGUGGCUCUGGCAAACAGACACUGGCGCGCUUGGCUGCGUUUAUCUCAUCGCUGAGCGUGGCGCAAAUACAAAUCAAACGUGGCUUUGGCCUGCAGGAUAUGAAGGAGGAAAUUGCCAGUCUUUAUAUGAAAGUCGGACUCAAGAGCGUUGCAUCGGUGUUUCUCAUCUCGGACGCGCAGCUGCCAGACGAAUCCAUACUAAUGCUCAUUAACGAUUUGCUGGCCUCUGGCGAAAUACCCGAGCUGUUUAAUGAUGAUCAACUGGAGACCAUAAUCAAUGGCAUACGCAACGAGGUCAAGCAGAGUGGCACACUCGAUACCAAGGAAAAUUGCUGGCGUUAUUUUGUAGAGAAAGUGCGACGUCUGCUGAAAGUUGUGCUCUGCUUUUCGCCAGUUGGCCAGACGUUGCGUAUACGCGCUCGAAAGUUUCCAGCCAUCAUCAGCCGCACGGCCAUUGACUGGUUCCACGAGUGGCCCCAAAGUGCUCUGCAAUCGGUCUCCCAAAAGUUUCUCAACGAAAUCGGAAAUAUACUGGAGGCCCAACUCAUACCGCCCAUCGGCCGCUUUAUGUCCUACGUACAUGGCACUGUGAAUCAGAUAUCGAAAAUUUAUCUACAGAAUGAAAAACGUUACAACUACACGACACCGAAAACAUUUCUCGAAUACAUUUUUCUCUACCGCAAACUGUUGGUUGACAAAACUGGUGAAUUCGCCCAACGCAUUGGACGCCUACAGAGCGGCAUGGCCAAGCUGGCGGAGUGUGCACGUCAAGUGGACACGCUUAAGCAUCAAUUGGCCAUACAAGAGGUGCAGCUGGCUGCCAAAAACGCUGCUGCCGACAAGUUGAUCGUUAUUGUGAGCGCUGAAAGCGAGAAAGUGAAGCGUGAACGCUUUAUCGCCUCCGAGGAGGAGAAACGUGUGCGCAUCAUAGAAGAAGAUGUUUCGAUUAAAACCAAAAUGUGUGAGGAGGAUUUGCGUCAAGCAGAGCCCGCUUUGGUGGCUGCGCAAGCGGCGCUGAAUACGCUGAACAAAAACAAUUUAACUGAACUCAAAUCAUUUGGCUCGCCACCCAAGGCGGUGGUUAAUGUAUGCGCUGCAGUUAUGGUGCUGCUGGCUACCAAUGGCAAAAUACCACGUGAUCGCAGCUGGAAGACAGCGAAGCUAAUGAUGGUGCGCGUGGAUCAGUUUCUGAACGAUUUGCUGCACUACAACAAGGACAAUAUACAUCCGAAUAUUAUAGAAACGCUGCAGGAAUAUCUAAAGGAUCCGGAGUUUAAUCCUGAUAAGGUAGUGCAAAAGUCAGUAGCUGCAGCGGGUCUCUGCGCCUGGGUCAUCAACUUGCAUCGUUAUCAUCAGGUCUUUCUCAUUGUGGGGCCCAAGCAAAAGGCUUUGCAGGACUCGCAUCAGGAGUUGCUGGAGGCACGUGAGCGGCUGCAGUAUCUCAAGUCAAAGAUUAACAAUCUGGAGCUUAAGCUGGCUGAAAUACAAGCAGAAUUCGAGCAUGCAGUGGCUGAGAAGCAGAAAUGCCAAAACGAAGCGGACAAGACGACAUUCACCAUCGAUCUGGCGCAUCGUCUGGUCAACGGACUGGCCAACGAGAAUGUGCGCUGGCGAGAAUCGGUGCAAAGCUUACAGGCCAAGAUUGGCACGCUACCUGGAGAUAUACUGUUAAUUUCCUCAUUUCUAUCGUACGUGGGCUGUUUUACGCGUCGCUACCGCGAGGAGCUGCAGCUCAAGAUGUGGCUGCCGAGCUUUCGCAAAAUGGACCCCCAUAUACCGCAUACCGAGGGAAUUGAGCCAUUAUCGUUGCUAUCAGACGAUGCACAAAUUGCCACUUGGAAUAAUGAGGGCCUGCCCAUGGACGGCAUGUCCACAGAGAAUGCCACAAUCUUGCAGCACUCCACGCGCUGGCCGCUGAUGAUUGAUCCGCAGCUACAAGGCAUCAAAUGGAUCAAGAGUCGCUUUGGUCAGUCACUUGUGGUGCUGCGCUUAACUCAGCGUGGAUUUCUGGAGCUGCUGGAGAAGUCGAUUACCCAAGGCGACACGGUGCUGAUUGAGCAAAUUGAGGAAACAAUGGACACUGUGCUGGAGCCGCUGCUGAGUCGGGCGCUGAUCAAAAAGGGUCGCUAUUUGCGCAUAGGCGAAAAGGAAAUGGAAUUCAAUGCAAACUUCCGUUUGAUAUUGCACACCAAGCUGGCCAAUCCGCACUACAAGCCGGAAAUGCAGGCGCAAACGACGCUGAUUAACUUUACCGUUACACCGGAUGGCCUGGAGGAACAGCUGCUGGCGGAAGUGGUCAAAAUCGAGCGACCCGACCUAGAGCAAAUGAAAAUCGAUGUAACGCUGCAGCAGAAUAGCUUCAAAAUAUCGCUCAAGGCGCUGGAGGAUGAGCUGCUGGCACGCCUCGCAUCCGCAGGCGAAAAUGUGCUGGCGGAUCAUGCGCUAGUGCUGAAUCUGGAGAACACCAAGCGCACAGUGGACGACAUUGAGUGCAAAGUGCGUGAGGCGCAUCUCACAACGCUGCAGAUUGAUGAGACGCGCAACAUUUAUCGCUCAGCCGCCAAGCGUGCGGCUAUUCUCUACUUUGUGCUCAACGAUCUGAGUCGCAUUAAUCCGAUCUACAAGUUCUCGCUCAAGUCCUUUAUGCAUGUCUUUCGCCAGGCCAUUGCCUUGGCCACAGAUUCGAAGAGCUUGGACAAGCGCGUGCUGCAUCUGGUGGAGUCCAUCACGCUGCAGACCUAUCGCUAUACACUGCGUGGUCUCUUCGAGGCGGACAAGCUAACCUUCACCUCACAUCUAACGCUGCGCAUUAUGAUUGCCGCCGAGCAGGUGGCCAAGGAUGAAACGGACUUUCUGCUGCGCUAUCCACAUGAUCCCAAUACACUUUCGCCUUUAGAUUUUGUUGGACGCAGCGCCUGGGGCGGCAUCAAGUCGCUGGCGCUUAUCGAACACUUCUAUGGCAUUGACAAGGAUAUGGAAAACUAUACGAAGCGCUGGCGCAAGUUCAUGUCCAGCGAUGCGCCCGAGCGUGAGCAGUUCCCUGGCGAGUGGAAGCAUCGCACGCCGCUGCAGAAACUUUGCAUUGUGCGCGCGCUGCGUCCGGAUCGCAUGACCUAUGCCAUGGCACUGUUUGUGGAGCAGACCAUGGGACGUGUUUACGCUGAGGUGCAGACGCCGCCAUUUGUGGCCAUUUUCAAGGAGCUGAAUGCAGCUACGCCGGCGUUCUUUAUACUCUCGCCUGGUGUGGAUCCCAUACGUGAUGUGGAGCGCUACGGGCAGCAGCAAAGUUUCCAUGCAGACUCUGGCACGCUCAUAAACAUUUCACUGGGUCAGGGCCAAGAGCUGCUGGCCGAGCAGGCCAUAGAGCAGGCGCUGGCUAGUGGUCAACAGUGGGUCAUACUGCAGAAUAUUCACCUGGUAGUCAAUUGGCUGCCCACGCUGGAGAAGCUCAUCGAACGCAUUGUGCUGCAAAGCGAAGCGCAAGGCGAGUCCAACUUUCGUUUAUUUAUUAGCGCCGAGCCCGCACCCGAUGCACAGUAUCAUGUCAUACCGCAGGGCAUACUGGAGUCAUCGUUGAAGGUGGUCAAUGAGCCGCCCGCUGGCAUGGCUGCCAAUCUGCACAAGGCCUGGGACAACUUCUCGCAGGAAACGCUCGAGACGUGCACACAGGAGGCGGAGUACAAGUCCAUACUGUUUGCGCUUUGCUACUUUCAUGCGCUGGCGGGCGAGCGACGCAAGUUUGGUCCACAGGGCUGGAACAAGGUGUAUCCGUUCAAUGUGGGCGACUUGAGCAUCUCGGCCAGCGUGCUGCACAAUUAUUUGGAGGGCAGCAAUCGCAUACCUUGGGAGGAUCUGCGCUAUCUCUUUGGCGAAAUUAUGUACGGCGGUCAUAUUACCGACGACUGGGACAGACGCCUAUGUCAAACAUUUCUGGAGGAGCUGCUGCAGCAGGAUUUGAUUGACGGUGACUUUGAGCUCUGUCCCGGCUUUCCAGCGCCACCCAAUCUAGAGUUCGAGGGCUAUCACAGCUACAUAAACGAAAUGCUGCCCGAAGAGUCGCCCAUGCUUUAUGGUCUGCAUUCCAAUGCGGAGAUUGGCUUUCUUACCAGCGCUUCGGAGCAGCUGCUGCGCACUAUUUUCGAACUGCAGCCACGCGAAUCCGAGCUGAGCUCACACUGUGGCGCACCGCGUGAGGAGCUGGUCAAGAUUAUGAUUGACGAUUUUCUGGACAAGCUGCAGGAUGAGUUCAAUCUUCAAGCGCUGCUCAUACGCGUCGAACGCAAGACGCCCUUUGUGGUAGUGGCGCUCCAAGAGUGCGAGCGCAUGAAUGCGCUCAUACGCGAGAUCAAGCGCUCGCUACGCGAACUCAUGCUGGGCCUGAAGGGUGAGCUAACGAUUACGCAAGAAAUGGAGCUGCUGGACUAUGCCAUCUUUUAUGAUCAUGUGCCAACGGCGUGGGCUCAACUGGCUUAUCCCAGCAUGCUGGGCCUGCAGGGCUGGUUUGCUGAUCUGCUGCAUCGCAUCAAGGAGCUGGCUGGCUGGCUAAACGACUUCAAGCUGCCCUGCGCCAUCUGGCUGGGUGGUCUCUUCAAUCCGCAAAGCUUUCUCACAGCCAUUAUGCAGGAGAGCGCUAGAAAGCAUGAUCUGCCCCUGGAUCGCAUGCUGGUCAGUUGUGAUGUUACCAAGAAGCAAAAGGAUGAUGUUACCUUGCCGCCCAUGGAGGGCGCAUUUGUGCAUGACCUUUACCUGGAUGGCGCCAGCUGGGAUUGCCAGCUCAAUUCGAUUGUGGCGCUGCAUCCGAAGGAACUGCUCUGCGCCAUGCCCGUCAUAUAUAUCAAAUCCAUUGUGCAGGAGAAACAGGAAUUGCAGCGCGUGUACGAGUGUCCGCUCUACAAGACCAGAUCCCGUGGCAACACCUAUGUCUGGACGCUCAAUUUAAAGACACGCGAACGCCCAGCUAAGUGGAUAUUGGCUGGCGCAGCGCUUUUAUUACAGCCAUAGAACAUAGAAAAGCAGCUUCAUUGUGCUGGCCCUGGCCAACGCCCACCCAAGCAGCACCACAAAAGCUUUAUUGUGUGUGUGUAUGGCAAGCUAAAAAGCGUCGAUUGACUGAGAACUGCGACUGCGAAUCGUCAAUAAACUUGUAUUUAUAGCGCUUCGUCAAUCGCCGUUCCAAGCAACUCGCGUGAGUUUCACGUAAUUGCACUCUAAGCACGUAUUCAAAGAGAACUAAAGCGAAGCUUCGUUGGCUCGGUUAAUGCUGUGCUUAAGAGAAAUU